UCAUAUUCUUAUAUUUAUGUACUGGUAAUUCCUGGUUCGGCCUUGUUGUGGCAGUAACGCUGCAUGAAGUUGAAGUUUUGACCACAUCUUAAGAAAACAAGGAAGCGCCUGUACAGCAGCAGCACAAUGAUGGUUGACAUCUGCAAGAAGUAGUUGUGCGCUCAUUACCCUCUCGGUGUGCGUAUAAGCUAACACUACAGAAAUGGAAGCUGGAGGAGGAGAUGAGAGUUUGGAUGUGCGAGGGGCAGCGGCAGAACCGAGCAUUUCCGGACAUCGACAGACUUCUGUAAAGCCGGUUUGGACUUCGCUAGAGGAAGCAGCCCAAAUGAAAACAGAAGGGAACGCUUUCUACAGGGAGAAGAACAUUCGCUCAGCCAUCGGGCGUUACCACCGAGCUCUGCUGGUCCUCAGAGGCCUCGACGCUGAUGUGAUGUCAGCAGUGAAAGGGUUUGGACCGGAGAUACCUGCUCUCACACCUGAACAGGAGGCUUCACUGAGAAGCACACAAGUGGACUGCUACAACAACUUAGCUGCCUGUUUGUUGCAGAAACAGAGUGUUGACUAUUCUCGUGUGCGGGACUACAGCCUGCGGGUGCUGCAGUGGCGGCCAGGUGAUGUCAAAGCACUGUACAGGGCAGGAGUAGCCACUCUGGAGAUGGGAGAUGCACAGACCGCCAAACAGUACCUCACCCAGGCCUGCAAAGAGCAGCCGAAUGACGCCAACGUGAGGAAACACCUGCAGAGGGCCGACGAGAAACUGAACCGCGAGUUAGAAAAGGAGAGGGCCAUGUACCGAGGCAUGUUUUCCCUCAACCUGAAGAGCAGCUCCGGAGAAGGGACGAACCAAACCAAGGAGUUUGAGCUCAACCCACCAAGUGAAGCCUCAAACUGAGAGAGACUGUUAAACCUCGAAUGAUCACAAACCCACUGAAGAAUGUUCAGACAUCUUAAAUCAUGUCACUGUGUCUCCUUUAGGUGUUUUAUGAGGGAGUAUGAAUGGUACAUUAUACAGAAUGCUGGGAUGUCGCUGCUGAAAAUAGGAAGGAGAGGAUGGGAGAGUUAGUUUCCUAGCAACAACGAAGCAAAGCUGUAUUUUACUUCCACAAAAAUGCCUCUGAAAGCUAAAGUGACACUCAUCAUGCACUACUCGAAGUUCUGACGAUGCCUUCGUGAUUGCAGUUGUCUGGUCAGUGCUGUGAAUGUUGAUUUUGUGAGUUUGCAAGUAAAAUAUUUUUUUUAUAAAUAACA